AACAACACGAAGGGAACACACAUCUAACUUCUUCUCUUCCUUGAAAAGUUUAUACUGUCGCUCAUCUGAUAUAUUAUCUAACUAAGUCAACUCCACGUUCAUGACGACAUCGAUUACGUCAUCUGCUGUGCUGGGCUACAGUGUACACUGAUUGGUUUAUACAAGAAAAUACCACCACAUGAUACAGGUGCCGGAAUAUUUCAAUAAUAUGUCAUCACGGUAUUACCGAUAUCGAUCAAUGGAGUCAAUCACGGAGUACAACUCUACACUUGAGCCGCAGCCUCGAUAUGGGAGACAAUACGAUGACUAUCAAAAGAUAAUUCACGGAGUGACGUCAGAACGCGACAUUAAAGAUGCAAUCGCAGCUUUACAGGAUCGAUUUCAGCGGCUGCAAUUUAUGUUAGAGGACUGCCAAGACGCAUACAGAAAGAAACAUGAAAUUCUCCAAAAAAGAAAUGAGUAUAUGCAGACAUCGGGAACUAUUAAUAUAAUAACUACCGCAUCUCUUAUCCUCUUAUGUUCCAAAUCAACAUUGGAUAUAUCCAGAGUGAAACAAGUAGAAGUUAUUCCAGUUAAAAAAGCAAGGAAAGUUACACCUGACCCUGAACAGAAAUCUACUGUCAGUAAUUCUAAGAAAUCUGUGUUUGAUAGACUUGGUGGUGAAAACCAGUCAUCUACUCUUACUACUCCUAGUAAGAUUGCUCCGAGUACUAGUAAUAAUGGCGGUGUAGCAUCAAAACGUAGUGGAAAGGAUACCCAUGUAACUGUUAUUAGUUUGAAAAACACUGAGUCUGACAGUUCAGUCUUUCGAAGACUUGGUGGAAUGAAGAGACAGGAAACAAUGUCAAUGUCAUCUGAUGAUGGCUCAGAAUUAGACUACCAUGGAGUUCUCAAAGCUGAAGCAUUACAACUUAAAAGAAUGAAAAAGAUCAUGAAGCCAGUUGUUGCUGCUCAGUCAAAUAAGUCUAAUAGUGUAGCGGAAAAGAAAAGUGCCCUCCAAAGGCUUGGACCUCAACAAACGGGUGUCACAGUGAGACUUGGUCCAGCAAAGACAAAUGUUUCUGCAAGGCUAGGUCCACUGAAGUCUGAAGCAACAUCUACAUCUACUAGUAGUUCAGGUUCAGGUGUAAAAAUUACCAGGACUGUUUCUAAUGUCAGUAGUUUACAAGAACGCCUUGGAGUACAGAAGGCUGAAGCUCCUCAACCAGUGAUAUAUGCCCGGUUAAGGUAA